AUGGCCCAAGGCCUCAAUUUAGAACCCUUAUACGGCAUGGGGCCUGCGAGCGCGUUUAUGCUUGCCUGGGGCAAAAAUACCUUUAACCUUGAGGACCUUAAUACACCCGGUAUUAUACAGCAUAUUGCCUCCCUAACACGCAAUGAUGUGACGCCUACAGAGAAGAACAUUGCCGUGGUCCCCGCACGGGUAUCUGCCCUCCUAGACGAUAGUCCAACAGACUACCUUAACGCUGCGUCUCUCGCAAAAAGUCGCGCCCGUGUGGAGGCAUUAUCCGCGCCACAGAAAAUACCAACCCAACAUGAAGUACUAGCGUUGACGGAGGCUGGCCUGUUGCUAAUGAUGAUGAAGGAGGGUCAAGUGCCAUCUGCUCUCAGCAUGCCCUCUGUACAGACUUGGAAAGCACCUAAGGACCGCGUAAAAGUAUGGUUAACAGAGGAGAGAUUACCUGAAGAGUUGGGGUGGAAGCGUUCAGAGCGAACUAUAGGUGUGCUAGAUUUAGCGCCAGUUGUGGCGGCUGUUACGGGUGAAAAGACAAGAUUAGAUGUAAUGGGUAUGCUUUAG